AUGACAAGUGCGGUUCCACCCGGAAAGAAGGCCGCAUUAUGCCGAUAUUUUAUGAACUCGGGUGUCUGUGCCUACGGCGACGAAUGUCAGUUUUUACAUGGACAUCCAAAUCCAGGUUCGAUGCCAAACUCGUUCUCUGGCACACCGAAUGGUGUUCCGGAAAAUCCAGGAAUGACAGAUAGCUUAGCAAAUAGCGGUGAUCAAUAUUUUAAUGCCACGUUCUGUUCAGCUCCGAACUCGGUUCAAGAAUUCCAACAAUUUUCCAGUGGUCGUCCAAGACCCAGAUCUCGGAACAGUAUGCUUGGAUCCCUUUCCCAGAACGCGAAACCCUUUGUGCCUACACCUGCCAACGAUCAAGGUAUAGCCAAUGAUUUUGCUGCUUUAAAUUUAGCAGCUGCUAAUAUUCCAAAUAAGGUUCCUAAUGAUUUUUCUCCAAAAUCUGGUACGAAUAAUUCACUGUCACAUAGUGCUAGUACUCCAUCAUUCUCUACAUAUAGUAAUAUAAUAUCUACUGCCAAUACUAUCACACCAACCACAUCAAAUCAUAUCAAUCAUAUGAUCUAUUCAUCUAAUGUUAGUCCAAGCCCGAGUCCUGGAAUAUCACCAACUAAUUCUCCUCUAAUGUUACGUCGUACAGCAUCUCCUGUCACUCCUCUCCGUCAAACUACUAUCCCUCAGAAAUCAGCCAAUACUAUUCAGGAAAAUGUUGGUGGUACGACUUAUUUCUAUUCACCUGAUGAUUUCUCACCUCAACAUCAAGGAGUUGAUAUGGAUGGGGUGUAG